UGAACUUAAAGUCAGUUUAUUCCCGCACUCAUAAAAAGAAAUAAUAAUAACUAUCAUAUUUAUGAUAUUAAUAAUCUUAAAAGGUGGCUUUUUGCAGUAAAACAGAAUAUGGUUCUUUUUAAUGGAAAAGAAUGACACGAGUGAUUUUUCCUGAGCACGUGACAGGCGUGAAAGAAGCUGUGGAGAACUUUGUUCCACCUGUGACACGUUCAACGGUUUGGUGGUGGGUCAGUGAUGGUCUGGCGAGGCAUGUCCAUGGAAGGACGCACAGACCUCUGCAGGCUAGGCAACGGCACCCUGACUGCCAUUAGGUAUCAGGAUGAAAUCCAUGGACCCACUGUCAAACACUAAUACGGUUCACGCCACCCCUUGCAAAGACAGUAGAGGAACAGGACCUGUAGGGGGCAGUCACACACCUCCGCAGCGGAUACGCGCCUCAAGAGGAAGAAGAAGAAGGAAGCGGUAGGUACAAACCGAAAACAAAAGAGUGAAAUGUUCGGGAAAAUUAAACCUGUGAAAAUUAGGAGUUACAGUGAAAACAGAAAGUACGGAGUUGCCGCAAAAGAUGUGAAAGAACUACUUAAGAAGGCCUGCAAUUUGUUACAGGUGCCACUCCCUGGUGCACAUGUUUGUUUGUAUGAGGACGGGACAGUAGUGUCGGAGGAAUUCUUCCCAACUUUGCCGGAUAACACCGAGCUAGUUCUUCUGUCUAAAGAGCAGAAGUGGAGUGGAGUUGUGUGCGACAUCAGUCAGUUACUGAACACAGACCGGCAUGCUGACAGCAUCAUUGAAGCGGCGAAGGGGCUCCUGUCUGAUGAGAAAUCUUCAAAGAGGCGUAAAAUCCUGACGGACCUGCUACAGAACCUGGAGGAUAGGUCGGAGCUGGAGCGCAGAGAGGAGGAUGAAGACUGGUUCCAAGGUGUUGAUGCUCGAUUCAAAACAAAGUCUGCCUACAUGAAGUACAACUGUGAAAGCAGGAUAAGAGGCUACUUGAAAGAACUGGAUGAUGCCACCAAAACGAUACAGAAAGCAAAAGUAAGAGCAGAGUUUUUGAAAACAUCACAGAGCCUCGCGGAAAUGCUGAAAACAGCCAAGUACAAUGGCUGCUACUUUGACAGGACUGAAAAGCAACCAGAUCGCCUGUGUACCCGGGAGGGAUGGUUCACCUGCCAGGGAUCAUUUGAUGAGAAAGUGUGCAAAUCUCUUCACUCGAUCAACCCCUACGGCAGCCGAGAGAGCAGGAUUGUCUUCAGCACUUGGAAUUUGGACCACAGGAUUGAAAAGAAGAGGACAGUUAUUCCCACUCUGCUGGAAGCUCUGCAGAAUCGCAAGAGCACUGAUGUCAAUCUGAACUACUUCUACCAGCUGAUGUUCACGAAGGAAAACCUGAAGCUCGUCCACAUCGUGUGCCACAAAAAAGGAGCUCACAACCUGCAGUGUGACACCAAGAAGAUUUAUAAUAAUGCCAGCAAAGCACUGAAAGCAAAACAGAAGCCCAGCGGGAAGAAAAGGCGAAUGAUUUGACUUUUAACUCUUAUGAAAAAUGACCGGACGGUGAUUUGUUUGAUAAACUUGGUAAUCAACUUCAGAAAGAAAUCAAGUGAGGCAGGAAGGUGAAAUUACCUUUGUGAUCUUCUUGACAUCUAUGUCAGCUUCUGCGCUCUGAAUCCACUGAGCUUUAUUUUCACAUUAGAAAGGAUCAGUUUACACUUCAGCUUUGAAACCAUGAAAA